AUGCCGGAGUUAUUGCCAGGAGGCGGGGCAUCCUACACCGAGAGCCACAGCUACCACUCGAGAACAAAGGCAGAGAUAUGGCUCCCUCGGAUGAUGCUAGGGGCGUUGGUGGCGAUGGGAAUAGGGAGUACCAUCGGGGCGUCGCUAUCAGGGGUUGUAUUUGGGAGCACGGGGGAUUUGAAGAGGGAAGGGGUGGGAAUUACGCAGAGCUUUGUGCUGUUUGCUUCGAUAUUAUCCUUCUUUUACAUCAUCCUCCAUUUCCUUGCCGCCAAGAAGGGCGACAACCUCUACCUCAACUUCGACCCUCCCAUCCCGAGCUUCAAGCACCAGCUUCAUGCCUGGGCUGGGGUGGUGAUACGGUUGGCGGUGGUGAUGUGGAGCAGUGCUAUUAUUGCCGUUGCGGUGGGGAUAUACCAUGGGGGAGGGGGGCAUAGGACGGUGAGGUUGAAUCUGGAUAUGUUUGCGUGUUCGUUGGGGGUGGUUUUUGGGAGUGUGGUAAUGGUUGUGGUGCAUGUGGCUAGUAGGCCGUUUGAUAUCCCGGGGAUGUCGUCGAGGAAUGAGGAGAUUGACAGUGAGGAGGAGUACGAUGAGAAGCAGGCGAGGGGAUCAUACAGCACUUCUGGUGAUGGGAGGGAUGGCAUAACGGAUGAAAGCACUAUACGGGCGACGCCCCCGGGAUUCAAGAGCCAUCGGCCGAAAAUGCCGUCAAAGUCUCCCUCUAAUAUCAGUGGGUCGAGCUUGCCAAGCAGGAUGAGGUCUGGGAAGAUGGGAAGGGUGAGGAGAUAUAUCCAACAGGCACCUGCUCCGGCUGUUCUGGCGCUGGUGAAGAGUCCUGAGCUGAGUCGUCCGGGUCGUGUGCCGACACCGGAGAGUCCUAUUGGGCCGCCGCAGAGGGAUAGUCAGAGGUUGGAGGAGCUGUUGGUUCCGAGGGCGUCGGCUUCUGAUUCGUAUUUUACGGCGAGCUCGCUUACUUUGAUGCAGAGGGCAGAUCCGAUGAAGGAGAUGCCCGGGGGGAAGGGCAAGAGGCCGGUUUCGCCGGACACGGUGAUUUAUGCUCCGAGGCCUGCGACGACGGUUAGGUUGAAUCGGAGGAAGAAUAACCUAAGCGCGGCAGCAGGGAGUGAGCUGCCUUUUCCGACUACACCAUCUCCACCACCGGCGCCUGCUCCUCCACCUCCGCCGCCACCACCAGCGCCGGCGACGACAGCACCACCGCGUCCGAGUGUGCAUACCAUUCCAGGCUCGUGGGAUAUACAUCAUGAACCUGAUGGGCAUGGUGGACAUGGCAAUUUCAUUUGA